AUGGAGCGCGCGGUGCGGUCCCGGUACGCGGUGCGGCUGCGGCGCGCGGUGCCGACCGCUGCCAAAUCCACGUCGCGCGGCGGUCGACGCGUCCGACCCCGCGUCGCGCGUUCCGCCGCGCCGAAAGACCCGUGGUGGCGAGACCCGGAGACGGGACGACUGAACGGCGUCGCGCGUCGUUCGCUCGUCGCCGCCGCCGCGCAGCUCGCGUUCGCGGGCGUCGCGCUGGCCGCGCAGCGCGCGUUGAGCGAGUGGCGCGCGCGCGGGCUCGAGGCGCGUUGGCGGCGCGGCGGCGGCGGGACGUUCGCGGAGGCGUGGGUCGACGAGCAGCGCGCGUGGAGGGAGCCCGGCAGGGGUCGGGGGGGCGACGACGGCGACGGCGACGAUGCCGGUGGCAGAUGA